GCUGAGAGUCAUUUUCUUCAGAUCAGAGACGCGACGUGUUCUUUCAGUCAUGAUGAAGAGCUCUGUGUUGUUCCUCCUCACUGUCAGCUUUGCCAUGUUUGGAUUUGGCCUCUCUCUGCAGUGUUACUCCUGCCCUGGCGGAACCAGCAACUGUGAAGUCAAAAGGGAGUGCAUCGGAGGUGAAGACAGCUGCCUCAAACUCACCAGCGGUGAACAGACCCACACUGCAUGUAUGAGGUACUCAGACUGUGACUUCAUGACUCUGGCUGUCAGAUACUCCGUCCCUGACUUCGCCUUCUCCUGCUGUCAGUCAGAACUCUGCAACGGUGAAAAAAAAAGUGUGAUUCAGAAAAUA